UAUUUAGAAAGAUAAUAUUGUAAGAAGAAAAAGGUUAUACUGAGAAGGAAGGAGACAUGAGUGGUGGAGGCGGAGAAGAGGAGACGACUCUUGAGUUCACUCCGACAUGGGUAGUGGCUGCCGUUUGCACUGUUAUCGUCGCCAUUUCACUCGCAGCUGAACGUUGUCUUCAUUAUGGCGGAAAGUUUCUCAAAAAGAAAGAUCAAAAGCCGCUCUACGAAGCUCUCCAGAAGAUCAAAGAGGAGUUGAUGCUGUUGGGUUUUAUUUCCCUGCUUUUAACGGUCUCACAAAACGGCAUAACCAAAAUCUGCGUUCCACCCGGUUUGACGCGUCAUAUGCUUCCUUGUAGUCUGGAAGACAAGGUUGAAGAAAAGCAUGAAUCCCAUUUUCAAACCUUUUUCUCUUUCCCUGGAACUGCUAGGCGCCUUCUCGCUCACGCUAAGGCUAAUGCUGACGCUGUCGCUGAGGAGCUUAAACCCGAAUACUGCGCUCGCAAGAACAAGGUGCCUUUAUUAUCCGUCGAAGCACUGCAUCACCUCCACAUCUUUAUUUUUGUCCUCGCUGUCGUCCAUGUGACCUUUUCCGUUCUCACUGUUGUUUUUGGAUCUGCAAGAAUACGUCAGUGGAAGCACUGGGAAGACUCAAUUGCGAAAGAGAACUACGAAACAGAGCGAGUUUUGAAAAAGGUGAGCGUGACUCACGUUCACCAGCAUGAUUUUAUCAAGAGUCGUUUUUCUGGUUUCGGCAAAGACUCUGCUGUGAUGGGUUGGUUGAAAUGCUUUUCAAAGCAAUUUUAUGGAUCUGUGACAAAAUCAGAUUAUGUGACAUUACGACUUGGUUUCAUUAUGACCCACUGCAAGUCAAAUCUGAAGUUUAAUUUUCACAAGUACAUGAUUCGGGCCCUUGAAGAUGAUUUCAAGCAAGUUGUUGGUAUAAGUUGGUAUCUUUGGCUAUUUGUAGUCAUGUUCUUGUUGCUUAAUGUCAACGGUUGGCAUACGUAUUUCUGGAUUGCUUUCUUUCCUUUAAUUCUUUUACUUGCUGUGGGCACUAAGCUGGAGCAUGUAAUAACCCAACUUGCUCAUGAAGUAGCUGAAAAGCAUGCAGCUAUAGAAGGUGAUUUAGUUGUUCAACCAUCAGAUAAUCACUUUUGGUUUCAUCGGCCCCACGUUGUCCUCUUCUUGAUUCACUUCAUCCUUUUCCAAAAUGCUUUUGAGAUAGCAUUUUUUUUCUGGAUAUGGGUUCAAUAUGGAUUUGACUCCUGUAUAAUGGGACAAGUUCGUUACAUUGUUCCAAGGCUCAUUAUUGGGGUAUUUAUUCAGGUACUUUGUAGCUACAGCACCCUUCCUCUCUAUGCAAUUGUUACACAGAUGGGAACUCACUUCAAGAGGGCAAUAUUUAAUGAGCAUGUACAAGUGGGCGUUCUUGGUUGGGCGGAAAAGGCAAAGAAGAGGAAAGGACUAAAAGCUGAUAACCAAACUGGCCAAGGAAAUCCUCAUGAGGGUGCUAAUGCAGGAAUUCAGCUUGGGCCAAUGGUGCCCAGAGCUGACGGGUCCAACUGAGAGGUGAAGAAAAACGCCAGCAGGAGGAGUUGUGCUUUAUAGUUUAUAUCUUAGUUUGUAAAUUUACAUAACAUAUUGCAGUUUUCUUUAUCAUAUUUUCCUUGCCAACACAUAUUGUACCAUUUUAGCACGUGUUUGGCUAGGUAUAGAUAUAAGGUAAAAGAUGUGUAUGGCUUAAGUUAGCAU